AGGACAAUGGUAUCCAGUGUUCGUGAGUGAUCUAUUUCGUGAGGAAAAUGUACUUUAAACAACUACUUCAGUAUUAUGGUAAAGCGAAGUGGCACGUCUACCGGUCGAAAGCAGAACCUCCUCCAGCUACCCGUCUAGAAGAUCUUACCGCUGUAGGAAUACCUUCCACGUCGAGAGUAAUGAGUAAGGUGGAGGACCGACGGCAAGGGAUCAGAAGAGCUGCUGGAAUCGCCGAACAAAAAUCAAACCGUUCGAUUGGUUUUUCCCAAUUGAAAAAGCGGUCUUCAGAUGUUUCGCUAGAGACCAGCAUGACCACGGUGACCAAGAGCAGCAAGACAUACGACACAAACGAAACAAAAGACGAAAAGCGUAGAAAAAAGCUCACCCCCGAAGAGUUGAAAAGGGAUAGCGAAUCGCCCAAACAACAAGUGGUCCUACCUCAGAAAAAGCGAGUCCUUCCGGCGUCAGCAACAAACAGUCCGGCAAAGAAAAAUCAGAAGACAAGUUGCUACAACACCUCACCUCAGGAGGAGGCGGCUGCUGACGAAAAUUUAAUUAGAGAGACCGAAGCAGCCCUAAAGAAUUUGUCGGGCAGCUGGCCGGGCCCCCGGGGCUCCUCCUAUACCAAGCACCAAGAGGAAUCGCCCGCAUUCGAGAAUCUUUUCGAGGAAAAGAAAUCAAACCCCAAAUACUCGCCCUCGUCUAACUGUUCGUCUUCGAGUAGCGGUAGUGAGAGCGGCUGUUCCCUAAAAGACGUCAUAACCCUGCGGGAGCCGAGUGGCGAUUCAGAUAAAUCCGGCAAAGGGGAUAAGACGACGUCGACGGCUGGCAAACAGUUAAAAAUUAAACAAGAAAGCGAUCUCGAUAACCUGAUAAAAAUCGAGAACGAGUGCGCCUCGAUCCAAGCGCAAACAAAGGCGAAAAGUAAACUGAACGCAGCAACUAAAGGGUCGAAUGAGCCGCCGCCGACCCUUUCGUCCCACUACGAACCCCCCGACUUCAACGAAUUAGUCGACGACUCGUCUAACGAAUUAGAAAUUGAUAUGUCGGAAGCGAGCGGAGACAGAGACGACAGCACCACUAACGAUGACAAAUUGCACUCAUCGCCGAAAGAAAAACGAAUCGAACCGUCAAAAUCGACAAAAUACUCCUUGGAGGAAUCCGCACCAUCAGUCAAUAAUAACACCUCCCCGUUCCUUCCCUACAUCCGUUCCAAUAUAACGUCGUCCGCGUCACCUUUCUCGAGCUCUUCCGCGUUCCGACCUCCGAAUCUCGAAUCUUCGAAAAAACCACCGAUCGGGGUCAGCCCUUUGGGUCCGUAUCCCGGCGAGGCGACCUUUGUGGGCUACAGUAGCCUACCGUCGUCGUCUUCAGACAACCGCUCGCCCAUGUCGUCGCCCGAAAACAAGAAAGUUCCCUUGCCCCAACUCAAGCAAGAGAAUCUCGCAAAUAUCGACACGUCGUCGUCAUGUUCAAGCGCGGAUAACAAGUCGGUGGCGUCCCCCGAGGACGUGAACAAACAGUAUACGAUCCUGCAGCCCGCCGGCGCCGGUUCUCGGGCAGCCAGCGCUCUUCAGGAAGCCGCAAGGGACGGGGUUCAGAGCAUGUCUGCGGUCUCUAGCAGCAGCAGCAGCAGCAGCAACAGCAGCAGUAGCAGCAACAGUAGCAACUCCUCGAACGAAUCCAAAACCUCCGCGGCUGCUCCCUUCGACAGGGUUUCCGGAACUUUAUCUCCAAACAGCAUCGGCAGAGAGAGCAGUAAAUGUCCCACUCCGGGUUGCAACGGUCAGGGACACGUCACAGGCCUCUACUCCCAUCACAGGAGUUUAUCAGGAUGUCCUAGAAAAGACAAAGUUACUCCCGAAAUCCUGGCAAUGCAUGAAACAAUCCUGAAAUGUCCCACGCCUGGAUGCAACGGCCGUGGACAUGUUAGCUCGAAUCGAAACACGCACAGGAGCCUGUCAGGUUGUCCUAUUGCAGCAGCCAGCAAACAGGCUGCACGGGAACAGAAAUAUCAUGCGUCACUACAACACAGAAUUCGAUCGUCGCCGAAUUCGUCGCUUGUGAACUGCCAAGGCGACUUCGCCCAAUCGGGAUUCGAGAGUAAACAAAAUCCCGUUUCCGCAAACGUUGACAUAAAGCCCUCUUAUCUGGCUUCUUACGAAACAGCAAGCGGAAGUCAAAGCAUUUCGUGUAACAACACCAAAACGGACUUCGGCUCUUAUUAUUCGAAACUCCAAGAGGGUAAAAGUGAUACCGGAAUGAAGAUUCCCAAAUCAGAAUCCGUCACCGCAAACUGCUGCAGCAUGCCAGGAAGAAAUGACCUUCUAAUACCAAAAACGGAAACUUCAAACUCCUGCGCAUCUCCAUCGGGAAUUCGAUCCUACGAUCCCUACACGAACCAAGAUUCGAAUUCCUCUUCAAUGUCUGGAAUGGAAAAUGUUACCAGUACUCGCGGCCAUCAUCAUUCAAUGCAACCGCCAUCUUUGCACCAUCAAAAUCCGCAUUCGUCUAGCUAUAGCCUCGAUGAAACACGUCAGUUACCUCAUCGGUCACCUUAUCAACAGUCGCCCAUGUCUGGCGAUGAACUGUACAGAUCUGACCAUUCCAUGAGAUACACUGAAAUCGGCGAUUCCAUAAGCGGUGGAAUAGCAAGGCCCACGGUGACGUACCCAAGUGAGAUGGGAUCACGACCAUACGACAGUUCCCUCACAAGCCACCGUCCGUACGAUCCAGGGACGGCAUUUGAAAGGUACGAUUCGUCGAACCAAUGUAACACUCUGCAACAGCCCAUGCCGCAAAGAGCUCAAGGAAUUUACGGCUACGGAUCGAUAGAAAACCAACAAGAGCAUAGGUACCAGCAAGAAACUGGCACUUCUCUGUCUCUGGGUGGUUCCGGUGCGGUUAUGAAAACGGAAGACCAAGAACCCACGCAACCUCUGUAUCCAAGACCAAUGUACCAGUACGACGCAUCUGCAGGUCCCAUUCCGAUGGGGUUUUCCGCUAUUAAUUUGUCAGUAAAGUGCGUUACGACAGCCCAGAGUCAACUCAAAGGCGGAGGACCUCACACGUCUCCAGGAGGAACCGUCAUGGACUUGUCCACAUCCAGCGUUACCACCAGCAGUUCUCAGGUGGCGUACAACUCCUCGUACGGAGGCCAGCAGCGGAUGGGAGGAAGCCCGCGAGCUGCCGCCAGUCCCCACUUGUCCUCCGCCAGUCCCCAGGUGCCCAGCCCACAAGGCCAAACGCUAGACCUCAGCGUCAGUCGACUGUCCCACAGUAGCGGUACUAGUCCAUCUCGAUAUCAUAACGGUCACGGCGAGCCGGUACCGGUACAACAGGGUUUCGUAGGACCGCGGGGCGAACAAACAGAACCCGUCGACUUCAGCGCCGCUAAUGAACCGGUUAAUUUCAGCGGAGUCCGUCCAGUUGCCACCUUUGCUGCUGGACCAGUUAUCGGACCGCCACCCGGAUCCGGUUACAGCAGGGAAUCCACGCCAGACAGUGGAGGAUCUCACUACAUGGACCCUUACAGAGACCCUUCCGGAUACGGCCCUGUUAGUCCACAUCCUGGAUAUGGAAUGACGCCUGUAACAACGGAUUAUCCAACGAAUCCUUACACCUCGUAUCCCGGAACUGGAUACUCCUGUGGCGGCACUUAUCCAGGAGCGGUGACCACGGGAUACCCUGCUCCACCGAGUGGCUACUCACCAGGUCCAUGCUACUCCAUGCCUCCACCUCAACAUUCGUUACCUCAACACGAUAAAGUGUCAGGCAAAGACAAUGGUUUGUCGGGUUGUCCGAGGGCAGAUCGCUCUCAAAUACAGACACACUCACAAGAAUUGAAAUGUCCCACCCCUGGAUGUGACGGAUCCGGUCACGUAACAGGAAAUUAUUCAUCUCAUCGGAGCCUGUCAGGAUGUCCAAGGGCCAACAAGCCAAAAAGUAAACCGAGAGAUGGACAGGACUCUGAACCUUUACGAUGCCCCAUUCCAGGUUGCGAUGGUUCAGGACAUGCGACAGGAAAAUUUCUGUCGCACAGAAGUGCUUCUGGUUGUCCAAUCGCCAACCGGAACAAAAUGAGAGGAGUUUUGGACAAUAGCGGAAGCACAGAUCACAAGGCAGCAGUUGCUGCCGCGGCUGCGAUGAAAUUCGAAGGUGUAAAUUGUCCAACCCCCGGUUGUGAUGGUACAGGACACGUGAACGGAUCCUUCCUGACCCACAGAUCUUUGAGCGGCUGUCCAGUGGCAGGACAGACGGCUAAGAAACAGAAGUAUGAUGAAAUGCCAUCGUUUUACCCUAAGGCCUAUGCAGGAAUGGACGGUCAACCUGGAUCCGGAGAAGACCUCAUGACACUGGAAGCCGAAAUAUCAGAAUUACAAAGGGAGAAUGCCCGAGUUGAAUCGCAAAUGUUGAAACUGAAGAGUGAUAUCACGGCCAUGGAAACUCACUUAACUCAUGGAGAAAAGGAAAACCAGGCUCUCGCCCAUCGGAACAACAACCUGAACGAAUAUUACGAAAACAUCCGCAACAACUUCAUCAAUAUCCUGUCGGAAAGGGUGCGACUUCCCCCGGACGGCAGCGACGUCCCGGAGAAGAUUGGACACGAAAACUUCGACUCCUACCUGAACAAACUUCAAACGCUUUGUUCGCCAGAGAACUAUUGCACCGAGGAGAACAGACCACUGUAUGAAACGGUCAAGUGCGUUCUACAGGACUUCACCGUGCUACCUACACCCAUUUAAUAAUAAUGGUAGUUAAUUAGUUUUUCAUUUUACGAUAAUAAUAAUAU